AUGCCGUUGCGCAGCAGACAUCAGCUUGGGUCCGUGGGAUACCAAACCGGUGAGAAAUGGUCAUUCAAAACCAAUCAAGGGAAUGGCAUCAAACAAAUCAUCGUAAAAUGCGGUUCAAUCAUCGACUCCAUCACAUUCAAACGCACCAAAGAAGAUCACACCUCCAAAUUCGGUGGAAACGGCGGUGAUAAAACUUUCAAGAUCAACAUCGAUUUUCCGUCGGAAUAUCUUACCGGCAUAAGCGGGACCCACGGCUCAGCUUGCUCCUUACCAAACAGCGUCACGUCUCUCACCUUCAUCACCAACAAGACUCAGUAUGGCCCUUGCGGAACCAUUUGUGGCACCCAUUUUUCCGUCAACGCAAACGACGCCGUCGUGACCGGAUUCCACGGCCGCUGUGGCAAAUAUGUUGAGGGAAUCGGGCUUUACAUCAAGCCCGUUAAGCCUUGUGACGAAUCGGAUAACGGCGUUUUCUCCGCCGUUGAGAUUUCGUUGAAGGCAAAUAUCAAGGCAAGAGUCAAUGAAGGAUUGUGGAAAAUCAUAUCGGAAAACCUCCAUUUCUAG